CGUCCGAGUUGGACACAAACAUUCUACUCGAUAUCCCUCGACGCAAGGAGAUCUUGAGCCGCCAACACCGACAAGCAUUCUCUCUAUAUAUAUAUACUUAUAUAUAACACUCAUUCCCCUUCGCUGUAUCCAUUCGUUGUCGGAAACAUUGUAUAUUCUACCUGUUCAAAAUGGUUGCCUCAGCUGGAAAACUCGCCGUUGCGGCCGCCGUCGCCGGUCUUGCUACCGCCACUCCCACUCCCCCCAAGACCAAGGUCGGAACUCUCUCCGUCCCUCAGGUCAAGAACGCCGGCUUUGUCCCCCACGGUCCCACUCAGCUGGCCAAGGCUUACCUCAAGUACGGUGCUAAGCUGCCCGAGGGGCUCGCUAAGACCGUCGCCGACUUCAAGAUCUCCAAGCGUGACAGCGGAAGCGCCAAGACCACCCCCGAGGAGAACGACAUCCAGUACCUGACCCCCGUCUCGAUCGGCACUCCGGCCCAGACCCUCAACCUGGACUUCGACUCCGGCUCUUCGGACCUCUGGGUCUUCAGCACUGAGCUCCCUUCCAGCUCCGUCAGCGGACAGACUCAGUACAACCCCAGCAAGAGCAGCACCGCUAAGAAGCUCAGCGGCGCUACCUGGCAGAUCUCCUACGGUGACGGCAGCUCGUCCAGCGGUGACGUCUACACCGACACCGUAACCGUCGGAGGCGUUACCUUCGCCUCUCAGGCCGUCGAGGCCGCCAAGAAGGUCUCCUCGCAAUUCCAGAGCGACUCUAACAACGACGGUCUCCUCGGUCUUGCCUUCAGCAGCAUCAACACCGUCUCGCCCACCCCCCAGAAGACCUUCUUCGACAACAUCGCGUCCGAGCUGGACGUCGCGGCUUGGACCGCCGACCUCAAGUACCACACUGCUGGUACCUACGACUUCGGUGUCAUCGACCAGUCCAAGUACACUGGUGACAUCACCUACACCGACGUCGACAACAGCCAGGGCUUCUGGGGCUUCACCUCCACUGGCUACGGCAUCGGCACCGGCAGCUUCAAGAGCUCCUCCAUCGCCGGUAUCGCCGACACCGGCACCACCCUCGCUCUCCUCCCCGACUCCGUCGUGAGCGCCUACUACAAGCAGGUGUCCGGCGCCAAGCUCGACAACACGCAGGGCGGCUACGUCUUCCCCUGCUCCACCACUCCCCCCGACUUCGUCUUCGGCGUCGAGGGCGCCAAGUUCACCAUCCCCGGUGAAUACAUCAACUACGCCGCCGUCGACAGCACCAACUGCUUCGGCGGUAUCCAGUCUGACUCCGACAUCGGCAUGUCCAUCUUCGGCGACGUCGCUCUCAAGGCCGCUUUCGUCGUCUUCGACCAGUCUACCGGUAGCCCGAGACUCGGCUGGGCUGCCAAGGACUUGUAAAUAUCUGGCAAGGUUUUACCAAGGUGUGGGCACGUGCCCUAGGUAUAUAAGCCGUUCAUGAGAUCACGACGAUCAUGUGCAAGA